CCCCUGUCUCGCUCGCUCGCUCUCACGCACACACCAGAGGAGACGCGCUCGCCGCACCUCACCGGCUCCUCACCAGCUCCGCAGAUGGCAACUCCCGGCUCUGGUUUUUGGUCCUUCGGGUCUGAAGAUGGCUCCGGAGAUCCUGACAACCCCGGUCCAGCAAGAGCUUGGUGUCAGGCCGCCCAGAAGUUUACAGGAGGCAUUUCAACCAAACUCUGUGCUCUGCUGUACGGAGAUGGGGAGAAGCCCAUGGAAACGGGGGCUAAAGAGGACCCGAGUGCGCCCCCGAGAAAACCCACUUGCACCUGCAAUAAAAAGCCCUGCGGUUGCCAGAAAUCCGAUAUGAAUUAUGCAUUUUUACACUCCUCAGAUCUCCUGCCCGCUCCCGAUGGAGAAGUAGCCACGUUGUCUUUCUUACAAGAUGUUAUGGACAUUUUGCUCCAACAUCUGGUGACCAAUUUUGAUAGAUCAACCAAAGUCAUCGAUUUCCAUUAUCCCAACGAGCUUCUUCAGGACUAUAACUGGGAACUGGCGGAUCAGCCUCAGACCUUGGAAGAAAUUCUGCUGAAUUGCAGGACGGCGCUGAAAUAUGCCAUUAAAACAGGACAUCCCAGGUAUUUCAACCAGCUCUCAACUGGAUUGGAUAUGGUUGGAUUAGCUGCAGAUUGGUUAACGUCUACAGCCAAUACUAACAUGUUCACUUAUGAGAUUGCUCCAGUGUUUGUCCUUAUGGAAUAUGUCACACUAAGGAAAAUGAGAGAGAUAAUUGGCUGGCCUGGGGGUGCUGGCGAUGGGAUCUUUUCACCCGGUGGUGCCAUAUCUAACAUGUAUGCUAUGUUGAUUGCACGUUUCAAGAUGUUCCCAGAAGUUAAAGAGAAAGGAAUGGCAGCUAUUCCAAGACUGGUUGCCUUCACCUCUGAGCAUAGCCAUUUUUCUGUGAAGAAAGGAGCAGCAGCCUUAGGAAUUGGUACUGACAGUGUGGUUUUGAUCAGGUGUGAUGAAAGAGGGAAAAUGAUACCUUCUGAUCUUGAAAGGAGAAUUGUGGAGGCAAAGCAAAAGGGAUUUGUUCCAUUCCUUGUAAGCGCCACAGCAGGGACUACCGUCUAUGGGGCAUUUGAUCCACUCAUAGCUAUUGCGGAUAUCUGCAAGAAGUACAAAGUCUGGAUGCAUGUUGAUGGAGCGUGGGGUGGCGGCUUGCUGAUGUCGAGGAAACACAAAUGGAAAUUAAACGGUAUUGAAAGAGCCAAUUCUGUGACCUGGAACCCACACAAGAUGAUGGGAGUCCCCCUGCAGUGUUCUGCUCUGCUCGUUAGAGAAGAGGGGAUCAUGCAGAGCUGCAAUCAAAUGCAUGCUUCCUACCUCUUUCAACAAGACAAGCACUAUGAUCUGUCCUAUGACACUGGCGACAAAGCCUUGCAAUGUGGGCGCCAUGUUGAUGUCUUUAAACUCUGGCUUAUGUGGAGGGCAAAGGGCACUACAGGAUUUGAAGCCCAAAUCGACAAGUGUUUGGAGCUUGCAGAAUACCUUUAUAACAAAAUUAAGAACAGAGAGGGCUUUGAAAUGGUGUUUGAUGGAAAGCCUCAGCAUACGAAUGUUUGCUUCUGGUAUGUGCCUCCCAGUUUACGGAAUAUGGAGGAUAAUGAAGAAAGGCUGAACCGUCUUUCAAAGGUGGCCCCAGUAAUUAAAGCUCGGAUGAUGGAAUACGGCACCACCAUGGUCAGCUAUCAGCCUCUGGGAGACAAGGUGAACUUCUUUCGUAUGGUUAUCUCCAAUCCAGCAGCAGCUCACCAAGACAUCGAUUUCCUGAUUGAGGAAAUAGAGCGCCUGGGGCAAGAUUUAUAAUCAUCUGGUCCGCCAAGCAUUGCUGAAACCUCUCUAACUAGACAAUUAAGUUGUCACAAACUGUGGUGAAUGUAUUUGUAGUUCUAUUUCUAGUGAAUCUAUUUCUAUAUCGUGGCGUCAAAGUAGAGUAUCAUUUAAAACUGAGAACAUUGCUCCUUUCAAGAGUCUUUUUUUCCUCCCUUCUCCUCAGAGUUUGUAAAUACUUUUUUUUUUUGCCAGUUAGGUAAUCCGCAAAAAAGGCUGCAUUCAAAAGAGAUCAGGAACAAUGCAAAUGCUUGCAAUUCCACCCUCCAAAUGUUAGUACAGUUAGCGGAACUGAUAGUUUGUGUUCGACACAGCCAAAACGAACAGUGUCAAAUUGCCCCAAAGGGUCACAAAAUAAAAAAGAGGGCAAAAGCAGAAAGCGACAUCUGCCUUAAGAUGUUUUGUCUUUUUUUUCUUAGUAUAUUAGAACUGAAUUUCUAAUUUACAUAUUACAACAUUUCAGAUGUAUUUAAAUACAUAUAAUUUUGGAAAAGAAAUAUAUAUUAUAUAUACAUAUAUAUUAAAGAAGAUCCUAUUUUGUAAAAUAUAGAUCUUUAUUUUAUAUGGGUUAUAAAGAUUGAAGGGGCAACACCCCGCCCCAGAAAUAAGAUCCUUUAUUUUCCUUCCAAGGAAGGACAUCAGACUUUGUAAAAGUGCUUAUUUUGGGACAUAACCUUGCCUAAAUUCUUCAAAAGAAAUAUUUCUUUUCUACAUGCCCCUUUAUCUUGUGCAUCUCCAGGGUUUAGUACUGCGAAAUGUCAAGACAGUACUGCAGCUCUUAAUGACAAGAUCAGUAACAGAGAAAUCACAAAAUGGUGUUUGUUCCAGAAGAUGUUUCCCAUAUGGCCUCCCUAAGCAGAUGCACAAUCAGUACAGGGCCCCACCCAGGACUAAUUUGAGAUUAUACUGGGAGUCUUCUCCAAUGAGAUGCUGUUAACAUCUUUAUGAGCUGCGGAUGGGAUCCCUAAAAGCUCAGCAAUUUCUGGAUAGCAUAGACCACAGGAUAUACCA